AUGAAUAAACAAAUUUAUUUAUUAAGCCAAUCUGAUUCUAAUAAGUUAGAUAAGGAGCUAUUAAGCGAAAAUUUUGGAUAUAAGCUAGAUCAAUUGAUGGAGAUUGCCGGUUUCAAUUGCUCUUCCUGUAUUUUGCAUUGCAUUAAUAACAAUUUCUUAAGCAAAUUUGGUAUUCAUUCGAUUAAAGAAUCUUCUAAAAGUAAGCCAAUUACAAUAUUCUGUGGUCCAGGAAAUAAUGGUGGCGAUGGACUUGUAAUAGCAAGAUACCUUAAACUAUUUGGUGGUUUUCCAAUUGUAAUAUAUCCAAAAAUUGGCAGACCAGAAUUUUUUAACAGCUUAAUAUUAUUACUGGAAAAGUUUGAGGUUCCAAUUUUUAGAAAACUCGAAGAUGCACAAAAUGUUGAUAAUUCAAUUUUGUUAAUUGAUGCAGUAUUUGGUUUUGGAUAUAAUAGCAAUAAAACUGAUAACUGUUAUAGUGAGAUUAUGAAUUUUUUAAUAAUAAAUUCAAAAGAGCACAAAAUACCUGUAAUUUCGAUUGAUGUUCCUUCUGGAUGGGAAAUCGAUAUGAAAGAAAGCUAUAGUGAAGAUAGAAUAGAACCUCAUGUCUUAAUUUCAUUAACUGCUCCAAAGUCGUGUUCAAAGUAUUUUAAUGGAAUUCAUUUUAUUGCAUCACUUUUUGCAACACGUGAUAUAUUGUACAAGUAUAAAGUUGAGUAUAUUUACGAUCUUUUUCUGAAGGAAAAUGCAACUCAAUUUAUUCUAUUUAACCAAAAAAAUGUUGCUUCCACAUUUUCUUAA